GGAGAGCGACCGACAGAACCCCGGCUCGCCUGGGAAGUCCUUCAGCGGAGCUGGGAAAUCCCUCAGGUGGCUGAGAAAGACGAGAGGGCGCGAAGCUGUCAACAAAGCACAGGGCGCCUGUGAUGAGGAACCGGCUCGCUGCCGCCGAAGCUAUUUGUGGCCCGACGCUUCACGCGCCAGACACACGCGCAGCAUGGAGAUGCUUCUCUUUCUAUUUCCUCAAUUCAACUACAUGGCCCCGAAGGAGGAAGCGCACUUCAAAAUGCUCGGUCCAGAAGACUUGCAAGCGCCGAAGAUGAAGGACGGCAGCAGCAGCAGGCUGAAAGACAAGGAGAGGAAGAGCCGACUGAGCCUUUUUCUCACCAAGUCGGGCUCUCAUGAAAACGUCAGUCCCCAGAAGAAGACAAAUGCUGCAACCAGCAACAUCCCACCGGAAGCAGCGCUGCAGUGGAGCGACUCCUUUGAAGAGCUGCUGAAGCACUCAGAUGGAAUAGAAACCUUCUCCCAGUUCCUCAAGACAGAGUUCAGUGAAGAAAACAUCGAGUUCUGGUUGGCCUGUGAAGAGUACAAGACUAUCGAUUCCAAGACAAAGCUGCUGUCCAAAGCCAAAUAUAUUUAUACAGUAUUUAUCGAAUCGGAGGCCCCUAAAGAGGUCAACAUCGACCACGACACCAAGACGGCCAUCCAGAGGGAAGUGGCGCGUCCCACCAAGAGCUGCUUCGACGCCGCGCAGGUGAAGAUCUACAGCCUGAUGAAAAGGGACUGCUACCCCAGGUUCCUGGCCUCGGACCUUUACCUGCGCCUCACCAGGAGGAAAGGGCCCGGGGCCACCAUGUUCCGCCGGAGGUCACGGUCCUGCGUGUUUAACGAGCGCGGCGAGGCCACGGCCGAGCCCUCGGCCUGGUAGCGGCAGGCCGGCCAAACUGCGAAGCCCGGGCUUUUGUAGGAGACCAUCCUAGCGGAGCACAGAUUGCAUUAUUUUUCUCUUACCGCAGGUGAAAUGUGUGAGAUUCGGUUUAACGGCGUCCUUAAGUGAAAAGACGAGGGCCGGUGCCAUUUAGGUGUGGGACUCAGACGGCACAUGCACGCCGGCCUCCUCGUUGAACUUUGAUCAGGAAGGCGUGAAUCGGCGGCGGCCGCGCGGUUAUCUGAAAACGCCGGCCGAGCUUCAGCCGCUCGGAAGCGAGCGCCGCCGCCGUUAGAUGAAGGACUCAAAUUAUUCUGCAGCAGCUGGAGCAGCAAUCUUUCAGUUGUCUUCCUCGGAGGCAGCACACAGCUUGUGGAGGGAACUAUCUCUCUCCCUUUUUUAUUUUUCUGAUGAUUUCUAUAUUUUAUCAAAGCUCGCAAAUCUUGAAUGACAAUAGGAUGUUUGGAGGCAGGAUCUCAGACGAGGCGCCGCUGACGGAACCCGGCCCCAGAACGGGCUGCCGCGCCGAGACCCCGCUCCUCUAAUUGCACCAAUCCAGACGCAUCUCGUUAAAUUUGGCCACCUCUCAUUAAAACGCCCAAUCGCUGCCGCGACAACCUGCGGCGGAGGAACCUGCAGAGACGUAGAUCUGUCACCUGUGCUGUUCACUCAAACCUGUGCCAUUCUCAUCUGUGGGUAUCGCAUACUAAUAUUGCACUGUAAUAACUCUGACUGUUGUUUUGUCCAGUUUGCCACCGUUAUAAUAAUUAUAAUAAUUUAUCUUCGACAACUCAGAUCCCUGUCUGUUGUGAAAUGUACAUACUGUAGUCCUUCCAAUAAAACGUUUUCUUUUGAAAAUCGCCUUAAUGAGGUCUUUACAUUGCACGUCCACAGCUGAAUGAGACAAAUGGAGCUGUAAUGUGUGCAUAUUGCACUGGUGGUGGUGGUGGGGAGGGCUGCCUAUUCGAAAUCUCUGAAAAAUUAAUAGACUUUAUCAACUCACACCACACUGCACAGAAUUAUUCAUGCUGCCAUACAUGUAGGCACCAGCUCCGCUCCUUUUUUUUUUUUUUUUUUUUUUUACAAAGACAAA